AUGAAGUGGUAUCAAAAGGUGUCAGCCGCAGGCGCGAUGGGAAUUGCCUCGGCCUCGUUGCUGAUCGGUAUAGGCGACAACGUUGACAAAAGCCCACAUUUGGGAGUCACGAGACCGGGAGCAACGUCGACAACCGACAGGAAAGCGCAGCUGAAGAAGGUGGUGGAUCAGUACCUUGCGUCCACGAUCGCACUUACCGGAGGUAUCUCCUUCCUCAUAGCGGCACGACUAUACAAACGGGUGAAGCCCUUUCGACUCUACGCAACGGCAUCGGCAUUCAUGCUUGCGAUCAUUCCGUGCAACUACUUGCUUCUGCACCGCACACCAAGGACUGAAAGUCAAAAGUCCAACAUGCUUGAAAGAGUCUCGAAUAGGAAGUGGGAGCUGGCGAUAUUUCGGACGCUAUUGGGGACGGUGGCAGCAGCAUUCGGCAUCUACGCCAAAGCUACAGCAUGA